AUGAAGCAUGAUUCUGGACACUCUGGUGAGACUAUAAGUCAGUACUUUAACAAAGUAGUACAUGCAAUUCUUAAUUUGUAUCCAGUGUUAUUGAAGCCUCCUAGUACCACAACACAUGAAAAAAUAUUAAAUAACCGUAGAAGCUUCUACCCAUACUUCAAGAACUGUAUCGGAGCCAUAGAUGGGUCACAUAUCCCAGCUUGGGUUCCAGUUGCUAAUCAUUGUAGGUUUCGUGAUAGAAAAGGAAAUAUAUCUCAAAAUAUUCUAGCUGCAUGCGAUCAUGACAGAAGAUUUACAUACAUACUAUCUGAUUGGGAAGGAUCAACAGUAGAUUCUAGAAUAUUAGAUGAAGCCUUCAUAGGCAAGGUGAAACCAAGUUACUGGUACCUACAGUAUGACACAUCUGAUGAAGAUGAAGUUGAAGAUGAUGACAGUGGUGAUGAAGAUGAUGGUGGGACAGUUGACUAUGAUCAACUCAGAGAAGAAAUUGCUGACAACAUGUGGGAUGGCUGGAUCACAGGCAAUAUGGAUGUUGAAGAUACUUCGGAUUCUCUUGCUGAUUAG